AUGGCUACUUCCACUGCUUCAUUGCCCGACAUCUCCGCCACUACGUUGUUCAAUGUCAACGGCAUGGUGGCCUUGAUUACCGGCGGCGGCAGCGGUCUCGGCUUGUACGCUGCCCGUGCUCUCGAUGCCAAUGGUGCCAAAGCAGUCUACAUCGUCGGCCGUCGUGAGGACACCUUACGCCAAGCUGCGGCGACGGCACGUAAUGGCCGCAUCAAGCCGAUUGUCGGCGAUGUCACGGACCGAGAGUCGCUGCAGAAGAUCGCCGCACAGGUGCAGGCCGAGGAGGGCUUCUUGAACCUGGUCUUUGCAAAUGCAGGUGUCGCUGGUCCUAGCCACGUCGGUGCUCUACGAGAGAAGACGGCAGAGGGUCAGGUAGCCCCAUCUGUAGAGGAUUUCUCGGCUGGCCUUAUGGACUUGAAACUCGAAGACUUCACGGCGACCUUCAAUGUGAACAUCACUGCUGCAUUCUACACCGCGGUGGCGUUUCUACCUUUGCUCAAAGCAGGAAACGAAAAGCGAAACUUACCACAGGACAGCCAAUUCAUUGUCACGUCCUCCAUCGCCGGGUUCUCGCGGAACCUCGCCGCAGGAUUCUCCUACUCCACCUCCAAGGCCGGUGCCACACAUCUCGUCAAGAUGCUCUCAACUUACUUUGCGCAAGCUGGCUACCGCAUCCGAGCCAACGUCAUCGCACCGGGGCUGUAUCCCUCCGAGAUGACCACCUCAUGGACGUCAAACAUGGGCGAUUUCGCCGCCGCGGCAGAGCAUGGUAAUGCCUUUGCCGAUGCAAAAGUCAUGCCCAAGGACCGUUCUCCGUCGGAGCGGACGGGUAGUGAGGAAGACUUUGCAGGCACAAUUCUGUUCAUGGCAUCGCGCGCGGGAGCGUAUCUGAAUGGCGAGACUUUGGUCACAGAUGGUGGACGUCUUGCGCAAAUCCCGUCUGUGUAUUAG